AUGUUUUCUACCCAGACGCCCUUCUGGGCGGCACUGGUCUUAACUAUAUUUUCUCGAUAUGAUUUCGUGUUGGCUGGCCAACAAUUGGACGGAAACGACAUAGCUGCACCAGUUCACCGUCGAGACCUGUCACUCGCUGACGUCACUCUCUGCGCCGUGAAUACAUCAACAUCAUCGCCUCUCCUAUUCAAUGGCUCCCUCGACGAUGCACUCGCACAGGUCGACAAUGUCGGCGCCGUCGGACAGUCCGUCGGCUUGGGAGUGGGAGCGGGACUAGCUACAACUCUGUCUAUCUUGUCAACGGAUCAAGCCAGGGCGAUCUCUGAGACCACUGCCGAUGGUCUGGAUAUUGCCAAUAACACCUUCAACACGCUGGCAGAGAGCCUGGGGGUGGGCUUGGCGGCAUAUCUGGCCCAGGCGGUCCAAAACUCUCCAACGAACCUCUCACAAGAAGUCGUCGAUGGUGGCAGAGGAUUGGGUUCAGGAAUGGCGACGGGAAUACAGCGAGGCUUCAACGCCAACUCAAAUACGUCAAUCUCCACUUCGACAACAGGCGUGGAGGGUUUCGCCGAGUCUGGAGCAUCUGCGUUUGCUGAAUAUUUUAUUCGAGCCUCGGUGGCACAAGGGGUGUUCGCCAAUAACUCCCUAUCGAGUUUUCUUGCGAGCAACACGAGUCUCGACAUGUCCAAGAUCACAAAGGGGUUUAUGGUUGGCUUCUUGCAGGGUAUACAAGACGGGGUGGACACUGUCGGCGGUGUCCCUGGUCUGCUCGACGGCACCGCUUUUGAUGUCGACACGAGCCAGCACACGCUGACGGCAACAGAAGUCAGCUUUGACGACUCUGUCAGGGGAGGCGCUUUCGGAUUCGCUCAGGGGCUAGGAGAAAAAGGGUUUCUGAUGGGACUUUUCCUGCUCAACUCAUCGCUGUCGACGAAUCCUACGACGAAUACGACGGUAGCAAGCUCUGAAAAACUCAAGAGUCGAGGUGCUAUAUCGGACGAUGGCCUAGAAUCAGUACCAGCAAUCAGACAUUCCCUACAAGCACGGAGCGCCAGUGCUCUUAACUACACGCCUGAGGCCAUCAACUCAUUCCUCCAGAGCGCCGUGGACACCCUCGGUGAACAAGGCACCGGAAGCCUCCUCGUGGCUCUACAAAACCUCCAGGGCAAGGGGCUCCUCGCCGCCGACUCGCAGACAUUGAACCUCACGGGCAGAGCAGUCGCGAGCAUCAUGGGAAACUCGUCCGCCACCGUGACCAACGGGAAAAACACAUACUCGAUAAACUUGCAGCGGCAGGAGACAGAAAUCAACGGGCAGGCAUCCGACGUGUUCAUGAGGAAUCUCGUUAUCCACAUGCUCGUCACAGCUCUAGCUUUCUUCUUCAUCUUCCCCAUCGGCAUGGCCUUCAAGAGCUACCGCCACCUUGCAGUCACUGCACAGAAACCAGAGAAGUUUGUUAAAGCGCCGCUGGCUCAACACAUCGUCUUGUACGGCCUCUUCAUACCUACCGCCGCCGCUGGUCUGUUCUUUGGAUUUCAGGUACCCGGUACUGCGGGUCAUUUUACUGGAAGUCAUGGGAUCCUUGGUCUUAUCGCAAUUAUCCUCAUGGUCCCCAUGGCCGCGCUCCACUGGGGCGAAGUCAAGUUCGCCACGGCGCUUGAGUUGGACCCAUCGCUUAAAACAACAUGGCCCGUGAAAAUUGCCGCAAUCCUCAAGAAUGCCGUUUUCGGUCUGGGAAUAACAGCAGGUCUCGGUGGAUUCAAUGACCUGCAGACCAUCCUGCUCGGGUUGACGCAGAGCAUAGGGAUGGCCAACUCUGUUGUCAUUGGGUUCGUCUUGGCGGGAAUCAUGAAUAUUGCCAUGGGUAUUGGUAUUGCAGAUUCUCUGAUUAGCAAGAAGAAGAAGGUGAAGAAAAACAAGAAUGGGCCCGUUGAUGAGGUGCCACUGACGACUUUUGCGACCUAUCAGCCUUCACAACAGGUGUACAACGAGGGUUAUCCAGUCGAGGAUAAUAAUUAUAGACCUAGUCACAUGGUGUAA